AUGGUUAGAACAUGUAAUCGUCCUAGUAUAUGUAUGGGAAUACCAUGUGUACGACGUUGCUGCCAAAGAAAUGAGAAACGUGUUAAAAUUAAUGGUACAAGAAUAUGUGUUCCAGAUUCAAGUCAUAUUGAUAUACAAUAUAAAUUUCAUGAUAUUGAUAUGUUAACAAAUGGAAAUUUAAUAUGUAAUGAGAUUCCAUGUAUUCCACGUUGUUGUAAAAUUAAUGAAAAACGUAUUAAAUAUAAUGGUACAGCAAUUUGUGUACCAGAUUUAAGUAAUAAUGAUAUAGAUAUUAUAUUUCAUAGUUAUAAGAAAAUUAAUAAAGAAAUUAUAUCAGAUGUUAUUAAACCGAGGGUUUAUGGAACAUUAUAUGGUCAAGAUUGUUUAAGUUAUAAAUUAGAUCCAAAUAUUGAUCCAAGAGAAUUACAUUUAAUUAAUUAUAAGGAUGGUUCAUUAUAUUUACCAAAUGAAGAUGAACAAAAUUCAUUUACAAAUUCUGAAUAUUGUAUUGAAAAAUUAGAGGGUCCAAAAAGUACACAGGUUGGAACAUUCGUAUGUUUUCCAUCGACAACAGAAAAUACCGAAAUAAAAUUUAAAAUAUAUUCAGUUGGAAUAUUAAUAUCCUGUGUAUUUUUCUUCUUAACACUUUUAGUAUAUAUAUGUGUACCGAAAUUAAGAAAUUUACCAGGAAAAAUUUUAAUAUGUUUAGUAUCUUGUUUACUUGUUGCUUAUUUAGGAAUAGCAAUUGGUCAAAUAUCACCACCAAAUAAUGAUAAAUUAUGUUAUUCAUUUGCGUUUUUUAUAUAUUUCAGUAUGAUGGCAGCAUUUUCAUGGAUGAAUAUAAUGUGCUUUGAUAUUUGGUUAACAUUUGGUUCAACAUCUAGACCUCGUGGUAAUUUUGGUAAUCAGGAACUUAAAAGAUUUUUAAUGUAUUCUUUAUAUGGAUGGGGAAUGCCAAUUUUAAUCACAUUAUUAACAAUGUCAGUGACAAGAUUCAAUUUAGUUAGUGAUGAUUUACAACCAAAAUUUGGAGAAGGACGUUGUUGGUUUCAAUAUGCUCAUUCAAAACCACAUUUAGUAUUUUUCUUGGGCCCCGUAGGAAUAUUAUUUUUAUUUAAUUUAAUAUUAUUCAUUUUAACAUUAAAAUAUUGUAAUCAAGUUAAAAAAGAUAUACAAAGGAUGCAAAGUACAAAUGCUGAUAAACCAAUUAUAAAAACACGUUUUACUGUUGAUAAAACACGUUUUAUUAUGAAUACAAAAUUAUUUAUCGUAAUGGGUAUAACAUGGAUUUUAGAAAUAAUCAGUACAAUAUUUUAUGAUCAAAAGAAUGUAUAUUUAUGGUAUAUAAGUGAUUUUUCAAAUAUAUUACAAGGUGUAUUAGUAUUCUUUGUAUUUGUAUUUAAAAGACGUGUCUGGUAUGCAGUAUUGGAUAGGUUUGGUAUUAAAACAGCAUCAGCUAGGAAAAGUACAACUAUGGCUACAACAAGUACAUUUACUGGAGGUAGUUCAGUUAAUUUACACAGAUUACGUAGUAUGGAAAGUUGUUCAUCAUUAUUAGCAACGAAUGCUACAGCAGUUAAUGGAAGAAGUUAUCAAAAUCAAUUGCCCUUUAUCUCUUGGAAAGAUCUAUUGGAUAGCUCAUAGCAUACGUAAAAAAUUAUUGUAUAAAAACAAAAUUUACAAAUAAGUUCAGGUUGUACUUUUUUAGUUAUUGCUAUUUA